UCUCCGCCCAAAAACAUUGGCAGAAGUCGAGACGCAUCAUUUUGGGAGGAUCCAAACAUGCUCGGCGGACACCCCGCGGGAGAGAAACGGAUAAAAAAAACUCUCAUAACGGUUAUGACUUAACUACCUGAUAUGCAAUGUUAAUCAAGCGCCGUUUUGUAUUGUGUUUUUGCUAGGGGGGGGGGGAAAGCGGCAAACUGGAGUGUGUUGAAGGGAAGGAGAGUUCAUGACAACUGGGCUCUUUAAAGUGCAAGAACAGCGACAAUGAAGUUGGCUCAGUUUUUGUUGAAAAACAGCUCAGCGGCUGGAAUACCGAAGCAAGUGGAGAGGUUUUCCAAGUUCUCACCGUCGCCUUUGUCAAUGAAGCAAUUCAUUGACUUCGGCUCUGCCGACGCGUGCGAGAAGACCUCCUUUGUAUUUCUGAGGCAGGAGCUCCCUGUUCGACUGGCCAACAUCAUGAAAGAAAUUGAUUUCCUCCCAGACAAGCUCCUCGGGACUCCUUCCCUAAAGCUCCUCACCAGUUGGUAUUCACAGAGUUUGUUGGAGCUCGUCGAGUUUUUAGAGAAAGAUCCAGAUGAUAAGAACAUCCUGACAGACUUCACUCAAAAUCUGAUUAAAAUCCGCAAUCGGCACAACAACGUGGUGCCCACAAUGGCUCAGGGUGUGGUGGAGUUCAAGGAGGCCUUCGGCGUGGACCCCGUAACCAACCAGAACGUGCAGUACUUUCUGGACCGCUUCUACAUGAGCCGUAUCUCCACACGCAUGCUCAUGAACCAGCACACAUUAAUCUUCGACGGCAGCGUGAACCCGGCUCACCCCAAGCAUAUCGGCAGCAUUGAUCCCACCUGUGACGUUGUGGAGGUUGUAAAAGAUGCCUAUGAAACCUCAAAGAUGCUGUGUGAGCAGUAUUACCUGACCUCACCAGAUAUGGAAGUCACCCAAGUGAACUCCAAAAGCCCAGACCAGCCCCUCCACAUUGUUUAUGUGCCAUCGCAUCUUUACCAUAUGCUAUUUGAGCUUUUCAAGAACGCAAUGCGAGCAACAGUCGAAACCCACGAGACGAGCCCGUCGUUGCCCGGCAUCAAAGUGCGCGUCUCUCUGGGCACCGAAGACCUGACUAUCAAGAUGUCCGACAGAGGAGGCGGAGUCCCACUGAGGAAGAUCGAGCGACUCUUCAGCUACAUGUACUCCACAGCUCCCAGCCCUGUACAUGUAGACAAUUCUCGUAACGCCCCCCUGGCAGGUUUUGGCUACGGCCUGCCCAUCUCUCGUCUCUAUGCCAAGUAUUUCCAAGGAGACCUGCAGCUCUAUUCUAUGGAGGGCUACGGAACUGCAGCUGUCAUCUACUUAAAGGCCCUGUCCUCAGAGUCGGUGGAGAGGCUCCCCGUGUUCAACAAGUCAGCCCUGCGCCACUACCAGACCAGCACGGAGGCCGACGACUGGUGCAUGCCCAGCAGGGAGCCAAAGAAACUGGGCAGGACCGAGAGGACUCGUUCAUGACGGAAACAAGGAGGUAGUGGAGACAAAAAUAGACGAGCAGGAAUGGGAGCGAUAACAAUUUGUUCAGUUCCGAUCAGAUUAUGAGUGAAUUGUAUUCUUUAUCAUGAGACUAUGACGUUGCAAUCUCCUUUUAGUUCCACCUUACAUUUGCUACUUUUCAUUUUAUUUAGAAAUAACACAAUUAGCCCAUAAAUAUGCUGUGUUAGAUUUUCCAAUUUUAGUUUUUAUUGAAAAAAAAAAAACAUUUCCCACCAAAAUCUACAAUAUUUGCAAACUUUGUAUGGUCUUAGGUCUUAAUUAGAAACGUGUUUAAAUUUGAAACUUGCAUCAGGUGACUGUCGCAAUUUUGACUCUGUGGAAUUGAUAUAUAGUGACAGUUUCACCGGCACCAAAACCUGUGCACCAACAACCUUGCUUUUUACAUUUAGCAUCUUCAAUAUACAGUAUUGUAUGUAAAUUGAAAUUGUUGGUUUUAUACAAAAGCAGAAAAGCAAAAAAAUUUUAAUUACAAAACAUUUAACACUUAAAGAAAACAAAAAAAACUAUAUCUCAAUAUAGCUUAUACGCUAUGCUUCAUGUCACCUGAUCUUCCAACUGUUCUACAAUGACCUCCUUUUGAAGAGGUCAUCUGAAUGUGAACAGCAAAAAAAAAAAAAAAAAAUGCUCUGAAUCGACUCAACCCCCACACACAGUAUAUUACAUAAUACUACUGAAAUGACAAUUCAAACAUCUUUGAAUGUACUGUAAACUUGCACCAUAUUUGAGUAGUGUAAUGUCAUUUUAGGUAAAGGAGUCCCGACACGUAAAGAUGUUUUUACCACUGAAUACAAAAAGCAUUAAGCUUGAAUAGACUGUUAUUGGGAAUUGCCAUACAGAAGACCGAGACGCGCUCUUUUGAAAUGAGUCCUGUAAUAUAUAUGAAAUGACCUGUUGCAGCUGAAAGUGAAGGAUUGUAUUGUUUUUGCAUGCGCACUUUACCACGUGCUCCUCGACGACAAAUGGCCUUUAUACUAACUAACAGCAAACAUGCUGAUGAAUGUAUCUUGUUAAAUGUAGUGAUCUUAGAUUUUGCUUUAAUAACUCCAAAACAUCCUAUCAGAUGUACCAAUGAGUCUUUUCACAAGGGUUUGGUCGGAUUUCAAACAAAAUGUGUCAUUCGUAGGAAACUUGUCUUGUUCCCGCCAUGCCAUGGUACUGCAGUUUAUUUUUUGUAGUCAAUUUGCAACGUAUUUUUAUAACCAACAGGCCAGGAUUUUGGCACAAGUCUGCCAUGCAACAACACUUUAUUCCAGUCUCAUAGUGAGCAACUUCAUAUAUUUUUUAGCAAAACCAAGUGACUUUAAAGUGUGUGUGUGUGUGUGUACUGUAAAAAUACAUUUCAUAUGUGUUUGCAUUUCAAAAGUUGUUGUUCACCAUUAACCACAAAAAAAAAAUGAAGGGAAGAAAAGGGUAAUACAAAAAUGUCAUAUUUGUUCAAAGUGUAA